UGUCACUUCGUCGGCAUUCCUUUUCUGCGUCUGUAAUAAUCAAGCUAGUGGAAUAAUUUCUGAUUAUUCUGCUUUUGUAUUUCUUUUUUUAAGGAAAGAUUUUGGUCUAGUGCCCGCCUCGCUUUUAGUCAAGAAACAUGGAUGACAUCCAUCGUAAAAUUUUGCGAGAAAACUGGGCUCAAUUGAGCAGAGACCUUGAACCUGUAAGAUUGAUAAGACAUAUGACAAGGGUACUGAGUCGAAAAGACGAAGAAGAAAUUAAAGCACAAUUUCUGACCAGGAUAAGACGUGUGGAUAUAUUUUUAGAAAUUUUACCGAGAAAGGGAGGAAAUGCGUUCCAUUGCUUUAUUGAAGCUUUGGAAAAGGAACAGCCACAUCUAGCUGAAAUCUUACAAAAGGAUGAAGAGCGUGUCAACAUAGCCAGUCUGAUGUAACAGCAUUUAACGAGGUCAAAUAUGAACUGCUGGAAAGGCAGAAUAUGAACACUGAAGCCCGGAAGGGAACAUCUCAAAAGAAUUCAUAACAACACUGAACUCAUUGCAUAACCUCACAUGAGUUAGCGGAAUAAACUGUUUGUAAUCUAAUUACAGUACAAACAAUAUUUAAAAUAAUCUAAUAAAUCAAGAGAAUAUGAAGUACUUAAUAUUCUCUUGAAUAAAUACAAUGCUUGAAAUACGCUAAUAAAAAAAAUAAUGAUAAAUAAAUAAACCUGCUUUCCAUGAA